UUGAAGGGAUCUAACUAUGCUGGUCUGCUGGAGCGACAUCGCAUUCACACAAAAAACGUGGAGCACGUUGUAGACAGUUUAAGGAACGAGAGGAUAGAAGUUCGUCUUGUUAAACGUCGAGAAUAUAAUGAAGACACAGUUCGGUGGGCAGAUGCUGUUGUAUCAGCAGGAGGUGAUGGUACAAUGUUGCUGGCAGCCAGUAAGGUCUUUGAUAAAUUUAAACCAGUUAUUGGAGUAAAUACUGAUCCUGAAAGAUCAGAGGGUCACUUAUGCUUGCCUGUGAGAUACACACACUCAUUUCCUGAAGCACUACAGAAGCUUUAUCGUGGUGAGUUCAGGUGGCAGUGGCGGCAAAGAAUCCGACUGUAUCUUGAAGGGACUGGUAUUAACCCAACCCCUGUAGAUUUACAUGAACAGCAGCUAAGCCAAGAGCAACACAGCAGGGCUCACAUAAAUGAAAGACUCCCAGAUCAAAGAUCUGACAUUUCUGGUCCACAUCUUCUGCCAGUGAGAGCACUCAAUGAAGUCUUUAUUGGGGAAUCUCUUUCAUCCAGGUAUGCUGUGUGUUCUGUCUUAUUCAGGGAGAACUUUAAGUCCUGCAAACCCAGUUUUAAAUUCUCGCUUCAUAGGGCCUCCUAUUAUGAGAUAUCAGUUGAUGAUGGUCCUUGGGAAAAACAGAAGAGUUCGGGGCUUAAUGUGUGUACUGGAACAGGAUCAAAAGCAUGGUCCUAUAAUAUUAACAAGUUAGCACAUCAAGCUGUUGAAGAGAUCCUUAACAUUGCUAAAAGGCAUGGAAGUUUGACUAUGCCAUUGAACACGGAGCUAGUACAAAAAGUAACGAAUGAUUACAAUGAGUCCCUGCUCUACAGUCCAGAAGAACCAAAGAUGUUUUUCAGUGUUCGAGAACCUAUUGUAAACAGAGUUUUCUCCAGUAGCCGGCAGCGUGGCUUCUCUUCAAAAGUCUGCGUCCGUUCCCGUUGUUGGGAUGCGUGUAUGGUUGUAGAUGGAGGAACAUCUUUUGAGUUCAAUGAUGGGGCGAUAGCUUCAAUAAUGAUCGAUACAGAGGAUGCACUGUGCACAGUUCUGCUGGAAGAAGGAAGGAGCUGCUGAGAUGGCUCCCGCUGAAAACAAUGCUGGAUCCAGAGAUGGGACUCCUGGAGACAGACAGCACAUCACAAUGCUGCAUUAUGUUCGAAGUUGGCCUUUUUGGUUGCAAGAG